AUGGAGGACAUAUCACCAGCAGUUGCUCUGACUCUGAGUUUAGCCAACACGAUGUGUGAAUCUGGAAUCUCAUCGACUUUGGAUAUAACCGAGCUGGAGAAUGUGACUGAUGCAGUUGACAUGUUCGGCGAUCAGAAGAAUCAAAUUUAUAGCAAUGGAGUGGUUGAACAUAUGAUGGAAGAUGUUUCAGAAGAACCGGAAGAGAAAACUUUAUCCGAAGCGACAAGCUUGUCAUCUGCUAGCGAUUUUGGCGCAACUGUCCAAGAAUCCGAAGAAGAUGAGGUAUUAGUAUCUGACGCGACUAUCAUAAGCGAGGGCUUGAUACUUGUGGACGCUAGGUCUGAAAUAAGCUUGCCAGAUACAGCUGAAAUAGAUAGUGGGAGAGUUCUUGCUACGGCGAUUAUCCUAAACGAGACAACCAUAGAUCAAGUUCCCGCAGCAGAGGUCCUUAUUACGAGUCUGAAUCACGAUGUGGAUAUGGAGGUGGCAGCUUCAGAGGUUGUCAUUAGGUUGCCUCAACAAAAUCACAAUGUAGCAAGAGGAAGCAGGAGUGUCUACGAACUAGAUUGUAUACCUCUUUGGGGCACUGUUUCAAUUUGCGGUGAAAGACCCGAAAUGGAGGAUGCUGUUAGAGCGUUACCUCAAUUUCUGAAAAUACCCAUUAAAAUGCUUAUGGGGGACCACGAAGGGAUGAGUCCAAGUCUCACACACCUCACUAGUCACUUCUUCGGUGUAUACGAUGGCCACGGAGGCGCUCAGGUUGCUGACUAUUGUCAUGAUAGAAUGCAUUCUGCAUUGGCUGAAGAAAUCGAAUGGAUUAAAGAAGAGUUGUGCGAGAGGAACACUGGUGAGGGUAGGCAGGUCCAGUGGGAGAAAGUCUUUGCCGAUUGUUACCUCAAGGUCGAUGCUGAAGUUAAAGGGAAAAUCAACAGACCUGUUGUUGGUUCUUCUGAUAAGGUGGUUCUUGAGGCUGUUUCCCCUGAGACCGUUGGAUCAACGGCUGUGGUUGCUUUGGUUUGCUCGUCGCAUAUAAUAGUCUCAAACUGUGGUGAUUCAAGAGCCGUUCUACUCCGUGGCAAAGAAUCCAUGCCUUUAUCAGUUGAUCACAAACCAGAUAGAGAGGAUGAGUAUGCAAGAAUAGAGAGAGCUGGAGGAAAAGUUAUACAAUGGCAAGGCGCUCGAGUUUCUGGUGUUCUCGCCAUGUCCAGGUCCAUCGGCGACGAAUAUCUGGAGCCAUAUGUAAUACCAGAUCCCGAAGUGACGUUUAUGCCACGAGCAAGAGAAGACGAGUGUCUUAUAUUGGCCAGUGAUGGGCUUUGGGACGUAAUGAGUAACCAAGAUGCUUGCGAGUUUGCAAGGAAACGGAUCUUAUGGUGGCACAAGAAGAAUGGAGCGUUGCCUUUAGCUGAAAGAGGUGUAGGGGAAGACCCCGCGUGCCAAGCCGCGGCUGAUUAUCUCUCAAAAGUCGCUCUUCAAAAGGGAAGCAAAGACAAUAUCUCCAUCAUAGUGGUCGACUUGAAAGCUCAAAGAAAGUUUAAGACCAGAUCUUGA